UUCUUUGCUUCGUGACGAUUCAAACUGCACAGUCCGAUUAACAGCUGCACAUUCAAAAUUUAUGGCAACGUCGUUGAUGAUGGCUGGGAUCAUCCGAUCCCAACCUAAAGACUUGAAGAAGAAAAGCGUAAGAUUCGCUUUACCAGAGAAUUUCUUAUGUCUGAAGGAUUACAAUGGAGAGAAUGGAAAUAGGAAUGAUGAUCGAAAUUUCUGGUUGUCACCCAUCAGUGGAGCUUAUUACGAUUGGUUGCAGAGGAAUAGUGGAAAAUCGUUCCCUUCUCAUCAUCCCGAUCCCAAUAUAGAUAUUGUAAACAAGGGUGAUUUUUAUAACGAAGAUUAUCUUCAAUUACCCGGUUCGCCGACUGAAUCCAUGCAAGAAAUUGGUUCAUUAGCAUCGGAUGCAACCUUUACAGUUUCGUCGACUCAAAAAUGUUCGCAGUGCUACAAAUUAGAAGAAAAUAUCAACACUUUAACCAAAGAAAAGGAGGAAUUAACUGUUAAGUUAAAGAAGGGCGAAGAAGAAAUUAAGUAUUUAAGAAACAAUGUGCGAAAACUGGAGGAGAGUCAUAAAGAGAUAGAGAAUACAAACAAAGCUACGUUGCAAAGAGUCAAGUUUUUAGAGAAUAAUUUAUCACAAGGUCAAGCGGAACAAGCUCAACUUCAAGUAAAAUUAGCGGAGUCCAGAGCAAAACUUUGCAUGUUGUUGAGUGGUAAAGAAUGCGGACCACACAAAAGAUCGAAAUCUUUAGAACAGAAGGAGUUAGAAGUGGAGGAAACCAAAGCUCAGAUGGAUCUGUUAAGGAGCGAAGUGGAAAGAUUAACCAUCAGUUCCUCCAGAGUCGACGUUCUAUCUUCUACCAUUCAAGUUUACAAGGAUAGAAUAGCGCAAUUACAAAAGUACGUAGAAACGAAUAUGAAAAAGAAAAGAGUGGAUAUUGCCAUUCAAGUAGGAUGUAAGAGAAUGAUUAAUCGAUUUUCUAAAGACAAAACUCGAAUUCCUUUUUUGGUUCGAUGCGAACAAAAAGACAUCGGUCACAACAUGGAAGACAAUCAUAAGAAAGAAAAUCAAUCAUUAAUCAACGAAAACAAGAUUUAUUUCGAAAAGGAUAAUUUAGUUUUCACGUUGAAACAAACAAUAAAUGAAUUAGAACAAGAGAAGGAUCAGUUACAACAGAAACUGAAUCAGUUGCAAGUUCAGGAGAAGAAAUCAAACGAGAAAAUUAACCAGAAAGAACAAGAAAUCAUCACGCUUCAACAGAAAAAUUCCAUCUUAUUAGAAAGUUAUCGAAAAGAAAUGGUGAUUAUUUAUUACAAUUAG